AUGCUCCGACUCGUUGUGGAAUAUCGGCACUUCAACGCAACCGAUCCUCGGGACAAGAUCUAUGGCAUAUUGGGCUUGGUCUCUUUCCCCCUCAGCAUCAUCCUUCCAGGGCUCGAAGUUGAUUACAAGAAACCUGUUGGAGACAUCUACAUUGCGUUCGCGGCGGCUUCGAUGAAAAUUUCGAAAGGCUUGGAAGUUUUGAGACAUUGCACAGAAGCAUCAAACCACAAAAUGCAUUCCGGCAGCCAGAUGUUGCCAUCUUGGGUCCCGGAUUGGUCUCAUAAACGGUGCGACAUACCUCUUCCAAGCCGUGAUGCAAAGACUCACGGCGACAUUCCUUGGUGGGCAGUCUCACAAGUGAUUGGAAUCAAGGAAGGCGUGCUCAGUAUCGAGAUCCCAGGAUCUUAUGGGUUUGCUGAAAAGGAGGCGCAAAGGGUCCUGAAACGAGGAAAGGUCAGCCAUGAUCCACAGGAGUGGGCAAGAUACUUGCCGCGCGAAAUGGUGGAUCAAAUCCAAGGCUUUGUUGACCAGAAGAGGCUCGUGUUUGCAGGUGUCCAUGACGAGCACUACAUCGAUCCAGAGGCGAACCUGGGAAUGCACGAGACUGCCGACCAUGUCAGCAAAUCAAACCAGAUAUUGACUCAGCGAAACGUUGUUCGCAGCUGGUUCGACGAGGAUAAAAAGAAGCGGCCUGCAUACGCGGCCGGGGGAAACUCGAAAAGCGACUUCUUCGUGGACAAUGCGAAAAACACAGUGGACGUGGAGGGCAUUCUUUGGGACGAAAUUGAAUGGAUACACGAACCAUAUAUAGGGGAAUUAUAUUCGAGCUGGGAAAGUUCAACAGUGUUUCUUGUUGCUGUUGGGAAGUGCAAGCAGGCGGCCCUAGGUUGUCGACGCACGUCACCUUAUUCUUCUGUCAAGGCGCAGCAUGCAGCAUUCUGGGAUAGUCUCGUUGCAGGUCAGGAGUAUCAUUCAGUGGACGAUUUUGAAGGUUGUCUCCCAGAAGUGGCAAAGGACUGGAUUGUAGGGGAGCCACCUGUAACCUUCCGGAAUCCACGACAAGCAGAACUUGCGGAGCGCCAAGAAAUUUUGAAGUCUCGAAGCAGAGACCUAGCAGGAAUCGCAAGUCGAAGUACUGUCGAGGCUGUUCUUUCUUCAGCGUUGCCGCCCAUGGCCUCCUCGGACAAAGAAUUGCAGGAUCUGAGGGUAAGCUUUCAGCGACUGGCAGACAUGUGGAGCCUACAGCCUUACGAUCUGUAUCACCGCCCAUUCAGCCUCCCCAGCACUGUCCCAGACCCGUACUGGCAAAGCCGCUGCCAAUUUGACAAAAAGGCUUUGAGAGAGACCGCCGAAUCUCGGCGGUACAAAUGGGAGCACAGCUUGCUAAGUCCAGACAAGGAAGAGACAGCCCGACUGCGGGAACUUGCUUUCCAAGCCUACGGAGAGUCGCCCUCUAUCAUACCACAACUGGAAGAGCGCGAUGCAGACUUUCAGCUCGGAAAAUACGCACUGGGCCGACGCUUCUUUAUCACUAAGAAGGGGUACAUGGGCCUUGCGCCAGCGGGGGCGGAGACUGGUGAUAAUGUCGUCGUUCUGUUCGGCUCUCACGUGCCGUUCAUACUGAGAGGCCGAGAAGCAGGUGACUACGAGGUUGUGGGCGAGACAUAUGUAUCCGGAAUCAUGAAAGGGGAGGUGCUGAAAGAACUUAACGAUGGCAAAUGUGAGGCGAAGAGGUUUAUACUGACCUGA